GAAUCUCAACCCGCCGCUGCGGCAGCGUUCCGGCAGGUGCUCGGCGGACCAGUGGAGUGCUGCGCUGGCGGCGGCGAUGGGGGCUGUGGGCGAAGGGUUGGUGGACUGUCACUGCCACCUCUCGGCCCCGGACUUUGACAGCGAUCUGGAUGAUGUUUUGGAGAAAGCCAAGAAAGCCAAUGUUAUGGCUCUUGUGGUGGUUGCUGAACAUUCAGAAGAAUUUGAGAAGAUUAUGCAGCUUUCAGAAAGGUAUAAGGGGUUUGUCCUGCCAUGUUUGGGUGUUCACCCUGUGCAAGGAGUUUCACCAGAAGACCAAAGAAGUGUCACAUUAAAGGAUUUGGAUGUAGCUUUGCCCAUUAUGGAGAAUUACAAGGAUCGAUUAUUGGCGAUUGGAGAGGUGGGACUAGAUUUCUCCCCCAGAUUUGCUGGCACUGAUGAACAGAAGGAAGAGCAGCGACAAGUCCUAAUCCGACAGGUCCAAUUAGCCAAAAGAUUAAAUUUGCCUCUAAAUGUUCACUCACGGUCAGCUGGAAGACCCACCAUCAGCCUCUUAAAUGAGCAAGGUGCUGACAAAGUGCUUCUGCAUGCAUUUGAUGGCCGGCCAUCUGUAGCCAUGGAAGGAGUAAGAGCUGGGUACUUCUUCUCAAUUCCUCCUUCUAUCAUAAGAAGUGGACAGAAGCAGAAACUUGUGAAACAGUUGCCUUUAACUUCAAUUUGCUUAGAAACAGAUUCACCUGCACUAGGACCAGAAAAACAGGUACGAAAUGAACCCCAAAACAUUUCCAUUUCAGCAGAAUAUAUUGCCCAGGUGAAGGGGAUCUCAGUAGAAGAAGUUAUAGAAGUGACAACACAGAAUGCAUUGAAACUAUUCCCCAAGCUUCGGCAGCUGCUCCAGAAGUAGCUUCAAAACCAAAUCUGCUGCAGGGAGCAGCAUCCGAGAGAAAGAAAUGUUCCGAUUAAGAGUCUGAACUAGGGGCACCCAGGUGGACAUCCAGUCAAUUAAGCAUCUAACUUCAGCUCAGGUCGUGAUCUCACAGUUCGUGGCUUCGAGCCCUGUGUCGGGCUCUGUGAUGACAUCUCAGAGCCUGGAACCUGCUUCAGAUUCUGUGUCUCCUUCUCUCUGUUCCUCUCUACUCAUGCUCUGUCUGUCUUUGUCUCUCAAAAAUAAAUAAACGUUAAAAAAAAAAAAAGAGUCUGAACUGAAGAAGCCAUUAUAUAAAGGUAUAGAAGAUUAUAAUUGGAGAAGAUAUUUCUCCUAAAACUGGGCUUGGAUCCUGAAACCCUGGGUUCUGAUUCCACUUUGUACUUCUUUUUAAUUUUUGGGGACCUAGCAGGAGAUUGGGAAACAUCACUGCUUCUUACCUUCCCCAUUAAGUAGAACCACGAGAUGAACCGAAACCAUUUCUUCUGGCAAGGGUGGUUCCCACAGGUAAGAUGUGAGUGCUACCGUGGUGGCUAAAGUUUGAUCCUUCACCACCUGUUAUAUUUCCCAUAGGAUUUAUCUGGUGAAAGGAGAUCUAGUUUUUUAUACUGUCAGAAAUCUCUUUUUUCUGGGAUUGUAAAAUUGAAUUGUCAGGACUUUGAAUUACUUCUUUUUAAGAAAGAAAUGUAUAGGUUCUUAUAUUGAUCUUAGACUUUGACGUGUGAGGCGAAUGGUGUGUCUAAUCACCAUUAAAUACUAAGCCCCAAAGGUUAGGUAGUAACUAAGUUUAAGAUCCAAUCUGAAUUUUGUCACAUGUUUAAAAUGUACAUAGGUUUGUGAAAAAUGUAUCUAUUUUUGCAUGUAGUGAUAUUUUAUAUUUUUAAGUUUUAAAAAUCGUGUCUGCAAAGAGUUUUGUGGAUGGAUUGGUGGGGAUGUAUGCAAUGUCCCCACCAUCAUACAUAAUGAAUGUACAUAAUGUCACUAAACUGUACACUUAGAAGUUAUUGAAGUGGUAGAUUUUAACCACAGUGUGUAUUUUAACCACAUUUUUUUUUAAAUUUUAUAUGUAGUUGACUAGGUGUUAUGACCAUACCAAAACCUCAUUAUUGAAUUUUACUAAAUUAUACAAUCAGCAAAUACUGGAAAAAGUACCUAUCAUAGAAAAAAAUUGACUUCCUACAAACUAGGUGAUUUUACAUAAUCUUUAAUAUUUUGAAAUUAUUUAUGUAGGAAUCGAAACUAGUUCUAGGGCAGAUGGCCCAAAGUGAACUAGACUAGCUAAGAAACCAAAGAGGGUGCUUCAUGAGGAGCUUAACAGCCCAUCAGCAUCACGAGAGAUGAAAUUCCUACAUGUAGUGGGAGGUUCCACUAAAAUCGGACUUCGGAGCUCUCUUUCACCUCUGUAUUUCUUCUGCCUAUUUCCCACCCCUUCUGCCCACACCCCCUUUGUCCAUAUCUCACCUUUAAAUCCUUUAAGACCCGGCUUACAUGACUUUCCCUUGCCUGGUCAUCCCAGCCAGACAUGACCCCUCCCUCCAAAUUGGGUAGCCACUUUCUUCAUUUACUCCUCAAUUUAUUUGUUUCAUUGAUUACACAAACAGUUCUUGAGCCCCUCCUUGUGUGUUUCCCACUAAUCUAGGCCCAUAGGCUACAGAGAGGAAUGAGACAAGGUCUUUGCCUUCAGUUCAAAAUUUAUAAAGUGCAAAAGUAAUUUCAAAACUAUGUUGAGAAGCACUAUAAUAUAAGAGGAAUAGAGUUCUAUAAAACCAGUCUGAUGACAACAUGCAUUACCUUUUACCUUUUUUUAAAGUUUAUUCAUUUAUUUUUGAGGGAACGCAAGUGCAGGAGGGGCAGGGAGAGAGGAAGACAGAAUUGCAAGCAGGCUCCAUUCUGUGCAAAGCCCAAAGCGGGGCCGGAAUCCGUGACCCAUGAGAUCAUGACCUGAGCCA